CAAGUUCGGAAAAAACAAACAGGAGACAGCACAGGAAGCGGGUGGGACCCGACUCGGACAGCAAGAAGAAGAAAGUCAAUUUUUUGGACACAAGACAGAAGAAGACACCUUCACUUUCUUCUCUGCCCGUUUUUUAACAAUUUGUGCUCUUCUUCUUCCGUUUCUUCUUCGCCGUCAGAUUCGACUGUAACUGUAAGUUCUUCUUCUUCUUCAUGUUCCUCCUGAUCUCAGUCGCUGAGCUUGAUUAGAGUUUGCAAUUGUUUGACUUUGGAUUCGAUUUAGGCUAUCUUAGAAAUGAGUUUGGUUCGUUUUGUGUAGCUAAAGUUUCGAUUUUUGUUUCUGGGUUUUAAAUUUAUCAUCUUUUAUGAAUCUGGUGAAAUGAUAAAUUAGCUCAAGUAACCUAAUUUCAGAACCCAAUCGCUUUGAUUUGCAAAAAAAGAAAAACUCCUCCUUAGUUCCAAUUAGGUAACUCCUAAAAUUAUAGCUGAAAAGGGUUCGCUAGUGAUUCUCUUCUUGAUGAUAAUUUGUCUCAAAAGCAGUUUUUUUAGGAUUCAUGAGUUAAAAGAGUAUGUUCGAUACUUGUGGCCCAAAAGGAGUCAAAUCUCAAGUCAUCAGUGGCCAACGCGAGAACUUUGUGAGGUUAGAUAGUAUGGACUCAAGGUACUCGCAAAGUUCCGAAACGGGUCUAAACAAAUGCACAUUGAAUAUACAAGGAGGACCUAAACGUUUUGCUCAAGGAAGCAAAGCAUCAUCUGGAUCUUUUAAGAAAGGGUUUAGAAAAGGAUCAGAGGGGCUUUGGUCUAUAGGUCGAUCGAUUGGACUCGGUGUUUCGCGCGCUGUGUUUCCAGAAGAUCUUGAAGUAUCAGAGAAGAAGAUAUUUGAUCCACAAGACAAGUUUCUUUUACUCUGCAACAAGUUGUUCGUCGCUUCGUGUAUACUCGCAGUAUCCGUUGAUCCUCUCUUCUUGUAUCUUCCUUUCAUUAAUGAUAAAGCGAAAUGUGUUGGUAUAGAUCGGAAACUGGCUAUUAUAGUAACUACAAUAAGGACAGUUAUAGAUUCGUUUUAUCUCUUUCAUAUGGCUCUACGGUUUAGAACAGCUUAUGUUGCUCCCUCGUCACGGGUUUUUGGCCGCGGAGAGCUUGUUAUAGACCCGGCGCAGAUAGCUAAGCGGUAUCUGCAACAGUAUUUCAUCAUUGAUUUACUUUCUGUUCUUCCGGUUCCACAGAUUAUAGUUUGGAGAUUCCUCUAUACUUCGAGGGGUGCGAAUGUACUGGCGACAAAACAAGCACUUAGAUAUAUCGUUUUAGUUCAGUAUAUUCCGCGGUUUCUUCGAAUGUAUCCUUUAAGUUCAGAACUGAAGAGAACUGCCGGGGUAUUCGCUGAAACUGCGUGGGCGGGUGCAGCGUACUACUUGUUGCUUUACAUGCUCGCAAGUCAUGUUAGCAUCCAAUUUUCUUGUACCAUACUGUAUCCGUUUUUAUGUUCUCAUAAGUUCAUGUGUAUGCAGAUUGUUGGGGCUUUGUGGUAUUUGCUUGCUUUAGAACGCAAUAACGACUGUUGGAGUAAGGCUUGCCACAAUAACCAGAACUGUACUAGAAACUUCUUGUUUUGUGGUAACCAAAAUAUGAAAGGUUAUGCUGCUUGGGACAAUAUUAAAGUUUCGUAUCUUCAACUAAAGUGCCCUGUCAAUGUCCCCGAAGAUGAAGAACCUCCUUUUGAUUUUGGAAUCUACUUAAGAGCACUCUCCUCUGGCAUCGUCUCGUCUAAGAACUUUGUCUCUAAGUACUUCUUCUGUUUGUGGUGGGGACUACAGAAUCUUAGUACACUUGGUCAAGGGCUUGAAACCAGCACAUAUCCUGGAGAGGUUAUAUUCUCUAUAACACUUGCUAUUGCUGGACUUCUACUAUUUGCACUUCUCAUUGGAAACAUGCAGACUUAUCUUCAAUCGCUUACCAUUCGGUUAGAAGAAAUGCGAGUAAAAAGACGUGACUCAGAACAGUGGAUGCAUCAUCGAAUGCUUCCACCAGAACUGCGGGAACGGGUUAGACGAUAUGACCAGUACAAGUGGUUGGAGACGCGUGGAGUUGAUGAAGAGAAUCUUGUUCAGAAUCUCCCAAAGGAUCUUAGAAGAGAUAUCAAACGUCAUCUCUGUCUCGCGUUAGUCCGAAGAGUUCCAUUGUUUGAGAAUAUGGAUGAGAGGCUGUUAGAUGCAAUCUGUGAGAGGCUUAAGCCAUGUCUGUUCACUGAGAAGUCGUACUUGGUUCGUGAGGGAGAUCCAGUCAACGAGAUGCUCUUCAUUAUCCGUGGUAGGCUCGAAAGUGUAACCACUGAUGGCGGUAGAAGCGGAUUCUACAACCGGAGUUUACUUAAAGAAGGAGAUUUCUGCGGUGACGAGCUUUUGACAUGGGCGCUUGAUCCCAAAUCCGGUUCUAACCUCCCUUCCUCUACAAGAACCGUGAAGGCCUUAACCGAAGUGGAAGCUUUCGCUCUGAUAGCCGAUGAGCUGAAAUUCGUGGCAAGCCAGUUCAGGAGACUCCAUAGCAGACAAGUACAACACACGUUCAGAUUCUAUUCACAGCAAUGGAGGACUUGGGCCGCUUGCUUCAUGCAAGCAGCAUGGCGACGGUACAUAAAGAGGAAGAAAUUGGAGCAACUUAGAAAAGAAGAGGAAGAAGAAGAAGCGGCAGCAGCAUCAGUUAUAGCAGGAGGAAGUCCUUAUAGCAUAAGAGCAACGUUCUUGGCUUCAAAGUUUGCGGCAAAUGCACUUCGUAGCGUUCACAAGAACCGGACCGCGAAAUCAACAUUGUUGUUGUCAUCUACUAAAGAAUUGGUGAAAUUUCAGAAACCUCCAGAACCAGAUUUCUCUGCUGAAGAUCACUGAUCCAAUAUCGCAUACGCAAGAAUUCUUUUUCUUUUUAACUUGUACACAAUCUCUAAGAAUGCUCCAAAUUUUUUUGUUGUUGUUUAAACACUUACUGUAAUAUAAAUGAUUAUUUGUGAUCGUUCUUAAUCUUGUUAUUACAUAGAAAUGUUUUUUAAGAUUUUCAAACCAA